CUCUUCACCCGACCUUUUUCGGCUUCCUAAGUCGGCUCCCCUCCCCUGCUCGACCCUCCCCCUCUCUGGUCGGUCGAAUCCUUCCUCGGUCCAACUUCUUCGUUCUGAUGGCAUCGCUGGAUACGGACAUCAACAUGGUUCCCGUCGGCGAGGGAUCAAGCGGCGCCGCCGGGCCGUCGUCGUCCUCCAAGAAGCCGAAGCGCUUCGAGAUCAAGAAGUGGAACGCCGUCGCCCUUUGGGCCUGGGAUAUCGUCGUGGAUAACUGCGCUAUCUGCAGAAACCACAUCAUGGAUCUCUGCAUCGAGUGCCAGGCGAAUCAAGCUAGUGCGACUAGCGAGGAAUGCACUGUCGCUUGGGGUGUCUGCAAUCAUGCUUUUCACUUCCAUUGCAUCAGUCGGUGGCUCAAGACUCGUCAAGUUUGCCCUUUGGACAACAGCGAGUGGGAGUUCCAGAAGUAUGGUCACUAGAACUGAACGGCCUAUAUGGAGAUACACUUCGUUCCGGAUGUUGUUAGUACGUCUGGGACCGGAUCUGAAAGUUCUAUCCAUUUUAGUUAAUCUUAGUUGGGUUAUUGCUUUAAGCAUGCUGUUAUGCCAGGCAUGAAUUUGUAUUUUGUUCCUUGGAUUGUAGAUUCAAAUACUCUGAUGCUUUUGACGGUUGAUGAUGCAAGGAUUCAGCAGCAGCUUUAAUUUUAGAUUAUCUGAAAUUGAUGUCAUAUGCUGCUUAUUGGGUGUGCGUCACUUCACCAGCAUGACCGUUACUUGGCUGUUGCAUGCGAUUGAUUGGAGGUUGGUUUUUAUGGUCGUAAGGCGGUGUCUGGUACGGGGUGUGAUGACUUCAGGAUGAAUGAUGAUGCGGGUGGAGAAAGAGCCUCCAACACCCAAUAUUAAACAUUUCUUUUUCUUAGACCUCCCUGCAGGAGGUUGAAUUCAAGUUUCAAUGAGACUUUUCUGUUCUGUU